UUCAAACAUCAAGUUUAUGUUAUGUUCUUUUCUUUGAGAUUCUAAGUUAUUUUCUAAACGCCUCUCAAUGAAGUGCGCUUUUCUUCUUGGGCUUUUUUUGGUUUUGUUCUUUUCCGGGAACUUUUGUUAUGGCAGUGCUAAUACCGUGGAGGUAGUUGGAUUUGGAGAAUGUGUUGAUUGCAAGGAGAAUAACAUCAAGGCAAGCCAAGCAUUAUCAGGGUUAAAAGUGACCAUUGACUGCAAGCUUGAAGAUGGUAAAUUCCAAACAAGAGGUGUUGGAAAGCUUGAUGAGAAAGGACAAUUCAAGUUAAACCUUCCUCAAGAAAUCUUGAAAGACGAAAUGUUGAGUGAGGAAUGUUACGUGCAACUCCACAACGCAGCGAAUGCACCUUGUGCAUUUCACAAUGGGUUAGAAGCCUCUAAGAUCACUUUUGUGUCAAAGUCUAACAAAAAACACACCUUUGGACCCAUCGAAGAACUCAAAUUCUCUUCGGCAAUUUGCACUUCCGCCACCCUUUGGGGGUCGUACCCUAAGUCCCACCCUUGGUAUAAGAGGUUUCACCAUCAUUUCCAUCAUCCACCGGUUGUUGUUAAGCCCGAGCCCAAGCCAGAGCCUAAACCGGAGCCAAAACCAAAGCCAGAGCCCAAGCCGGAGCCAAAACCAAAGCCAGAGCCCAAGCUGGAGCCAAAACCAAAACCAGAGCCCAAGCAGGAGCCAAAACCAAAGCUAGAGCCCAAGCCGGAGCCAAAAACAAAACCAGAGCCCAAGCAAGAGCCGAAAUCAAAGCAAAAGCAUAAGUCAGAGCACAAGCACAAGUCGGAGCAUAAGCACAACUCGGAGCCAAAACCAAAGCCAGACCCCAAGCCGGAGCCAAAACCAAAACCAGACCCCAAGCCGGAGCCAAAAUCUAAACCAGAGCCGAAGCAAGAGCCAAAAUCAAAGCAUCAGCACAAGUCAGAGCAUAAGCACAAGUCGGAGCCCAAGCCCAAGCCAGAACCAAAGCCGGAGCCCAAACCAAAGCCGGAGCCAGUUCAUAAAAAACCAUUCCCACCAUUUUCACACCCUAAACUUCCUCCACUACCCACCCUUCCUCCAAAAUGGAAACAUCAUCCCAUCAUACCCGGGCCACCACACCCAUAAACUUUCCCUCCAAAGCAUUUAAAUUUCUUGAGUCAUGGCAUGUGUAGGCUAAUUCCAAUACCAAAUAAUUUUUAAGAACGUAAUAAAGGUUUGCAAGAAGAUGAUGCGGAUAAAUGGAUUGAUGUAUCACGAUUCACCAACGAUUGGGUGUGUGCAUUUGAUGGGGUCUGUAGAUGUUGCGGGUUUGAUUUGUUUUUGUGGCAAACUUGAAUUGUGUUAUAAUUGUCUGUACUCGUUGAAAUAAAACAAUUCAUUGUAGUUCUCA